CUAUAAUGUGUUGUUUAUUGCUUUAUCAUCGCCGAAACGUGGUGAAACAUCUCCUAAACGAAAACCGCCUAUUAAUCAGCUGGCAGUACACAGCAAUUAUGCGCUUGAAGGCUGUUAAUAACGGCCUGUACACGACAGCUGACUUCCAGCUUCCACCCAAUACACUAAACAAUGCCGUGUCUAAGUUAUCAUUACGUCAUACGGCUCGAUUACAGCCUUCUGCUUCGCGGCAUCUCACGAAGAACACAUAAUCACAACGGCCUGAGCAGACGUCCUAGCACACCCAUUAAGAAAAAAACAUCCGACCCGAUCAUUGGAUGCCAGUUGCUUGAGAAGUAAACACGCAUCACGUUCCAUUCUUGAAUUUGAACUCGUUCCACACUUUUUCUAGUCGCGCAAAAAGUUUUCCUCAUGAACCUCAGGCUGCACGUGUUUUUCGGCCAGUUCUUGUGGCUUGUCUCUGCCCUCAAUGGGAAGAGCUUUCAAGGAGUUCCAGGGUACGGUCGCAACCUCGUCAUCAAGGCGCUGCCGGCGAUUGAAGACUACCAGAGCAAUGUCUACGAAGUGUUCAUGGAACCGUAUCUAUAUGCGCCACGCUCGGCUCCUGGGCUACAAGCGAUCGUCCACCUGCGCCCUGACGCGGAAUCUGGCGUCGAAGGGACUCUCAUAUUCACUCAAAUCGUGCCCAAUGGUCCGGUGACCGUGGAAGGCAACGUGACGGGGUUGGCCCCCGGCUUGCAUGGGGUCCACGUCCACCAGACUGGCGCCAUCGAUGAUAAUUGCAACGAUAUAGGCCCGCACUUCAUUGCUUACUACGGCCGUCACGGAGGGCCGCGCGACCACAUCCGUCAUGUCGGAGACCUUGGCAACAUAAAAGCCGAGGAAGGCCCAGUCACCGUGAAAAUCGUUGACCACCUGAUCUCCCUAGCUGGCCCGCGGUCCAUCGUGGGCCGGUCGCUGGCCAUCUCCAAAGAUGAAGACGACUACGGCCGGUCCAGCACUGAAGAUAGCACGAUGACUGGUACAUCAGGCCCUGCUGUGGCUUGUGGGGUCAUUGGGUACCUGAACUAGAUUAAGUGAUGCUGUGUUUGAUUGGUGAUGAUGAAUUAAAUGACGAAUUUGUAUUAA